ACUAUAUAAAGAAGCAUGCUAGACAUGAACUGAUGAACUCAGUAACCAAGCAAAGAUCUGAGAGAGAUGACAGGGAAAGACAGUGUGAUAUUACAUGGGAUGUGGGCAAGCCCUUACUCUACGAGGGUGGAACUAGCCCUCAAAGUGAAGGGCAUAUCCUAUGAAUAUGUGGAAGAAGAUUUCAAGAACAAAACCCCAGAGCUGCUCAAGUACAACCCAGUUCACAAGAAGAUCCCUGUUCUUGUUCACAAUGGAAAACCUGUUGCUGAGUCUCUUGUCAUCCUUCAAUAUAUUGAAGAAGUUUGGAAAGAUGGUCCUCAACUUCUCCCACAUGAUCCCCACGAAAAGGCUCAAGUUCGAUUCUGGGUCCAUUUUAUCAACACAAAGUACACUGAAAUCAUGACGACAGUAAUUACAACUGAGGGAGAAGUACAAGAGAAAGCCCUCAGUCAGGUGUAUGAACUAAUGAAGUUACUAGAUGAAGGAAUCAAGACCUUUUUCCCAGAUGGGAAUCCAACUUUUGAGGCUAAGAAUUUAGGGCUCCUAGACAUUGUAGGAAGUUCAGUGUUUUGUGCAUUUUCAGCUGUAGAAGAAUUGAUUGGUGUAAAGAUCAUAGACCCAGAGAAGACUCCAGUGCUAUUCUCUUGGAUAACAGCUCUGAGAGAGCAACCUAUAGUGAUGGAGACAAUUACUCCUCCUGAAAAGCUGGUGUCACUUAUCCUUAGGCCUUGGAGACAGGGUUUCAUCAAUCCUCAUCUUUCUCAAUCUUAAUUAAUGCUGCAUCGCUUAAUUGUGGCCUAGCUAGAUUGAUAGCUGCUUGCUCUUUCCAUGGUUUUGUAGAAAAAUAAGUGACGAUGACAGGUCUGGCUUGGCUAACCUUUCUGGGUUUUUGCCAAGGCUCUCGCUAUCUGUGUCUAGAGGUUGCUGUAUUGUGCUUGCAAUAAUGCCACUAGGCACAUUGUAAGCCAAGGCUCUCCCAAUCUGUGACUAGAGGUUGCUGGAUUGUGCUUGUAAUAAUGCCACUACGCACAUUGUAUGAUUGUAUGAUUGUAUCUGUAA